CUCGGGCGCCGCGCGAGCCUGCCGCUGCCAUGCCUCCGCGCGCGCCGCCAGCGCCCGGGCCCCGGCCGCCGCCCCGGGCCGCCGAUGUCGCGCGAGGCUCAGGGGCCGCCGGCCGGCACGGGCUCCCGCCGCUCGCACUGCGCCCCUGGCGUUGGCUGCUUCUGCUCGCGCUGCCCGCCGCCUGCUCCGCGCCGCCGCCGCCGCCGCGCCCCGUCUACACCAACCACUGGGCAGUGCAAGUGCUGGGCGGCCCCGGCGCGGCGGACCGCGUGGCUGCGGCGCACGGCUACCUCAACUUGGGCCAGAUCGGAAACCUGGACGAUUACUACCAUUUUUACCACAGCAAGACCUUCAAGCGAUCCACCCUGAGUAGCAGAGGCCCUCACACCUUCCUCAGAAUGGACCCACAGGUAAAAUGGCUCCAACAGCAGGAAGUGAAGCGCAGGGUCAAGAGGCAGGCGCGAGGGGACUCUCUUUAUUUCAACGAUCCCAUUUGGUCCAACAUGUGGUACAUGCAUUGUGCCGAUAAGAACAGUCGCUGUCGUUCAGAGAUGAACGUCCAGGCGGCAUGGAAGCGAGGCUACACGGGAAGGAAUGUGGUGGUCACCAUCCUUGAUGAUGGCAUCGAGAGGAAUCACCCAGACCUGGCCCCCAACUAUGAUUCCUAUGCAAGCUACGAUGUCAACGGAAACGAUUAUGACCCAUCUCCACGAUAUGACGCCAGCAAUGAGAAUAAACACGGCACCCGCUGUGCGGGAGAAGUCGCUGCUUCGGCCAACAACUCCUACUGCAUCGUGGGCAUAGCGUAUAACGCCAAGAUAGGAGGCAUCCGGAUGCUGGACGGCGAUGUGACCGACGUGGUUGAGGCCAAGUCCCUGGGCAUCAGACCCAACUACAUUGACAUUUACAGCGCCAGUUGGGGACCAGACGACGACGGGAAGACGGUGGAUGGGCCCGGCCGUCUGGCUAAGCAGGCUUUCGAGUACGGCAUUAAAAAGGGCCGUCAAGGUCUGGGCUCCAUUUUUGUCUGGGCCUCCGGGAACGGAGGGAGAGAAGGGGACCACUGCUCCUGUGAUGGCUACACCAACAGCAUCUAUACCAUCUCCGUGAGCAGCACCACUGAGAACGGCCACAAACCCUGGUACCUGGAGGAAUGCGCCUCCACCUUGGCUACCACCUACAGCAGCGGGGCCUUCUAUGAGCGGAAGAUUGUCACCACGGAUCUGCGCCAGCGCUGUACCGAUGGUCACACUGGGACCUCAGUCUCGGCCCCCAUGGUGGCCGGCAUCAUUGCCUUGGCCCUGGAAGCGAACAACCAGUUAACCUGGAGGGACGUGCAGCACCUGCUAGUGAAGACGUCACGGCCAGCUCAUCUGAAGGCGAGCGACUGGAAAGUCAACGGUGCUGGGCAUAAAGUUAGCCAUCUCUAUGGAUUUGGCUUGGUGGAUGCCGAAGCUCUCGUCCUGGAGGCCAGGAAGUGGACAGCAGUGCCAUCCCAGCACGUAUGCGUGGCCACGGCAGACAAGAGGCCCAGGAGCAUCCCCAUAGUGCAGGUGCUGCGGACCACAGCCCUGACCAACGCCUGCGCGGACCACUCAGACCAGCGAGUGGUCUACCUUGAGCAUGUCGUAGUUCGCAUCUCCAUCUCCCACCCACGCCGGGGGGACCUCCAGAUCCACCUGAUUUCCCCCUCUGGAACCAAGUCUCAACUUUUGGCGAAGAGAUUGCUGGAUUUUUCCAAUGAGGGCUUCACCAACUGGGAAUUCAUGACCGUCCACUGCUGGGGAGAAAAAGCUGAAGGGGAGUGGACUUUGGAAAUUCAGGAUAUACCGUCCCAGGUCCGCAACCCAGAGAAACAAGGAAAGUUGAAAGAAUGGAGCCUCAUUUUAUACGGCACCGCGGAGCACCCGUACCGCACGUUCAGUUCCCAUCAGUCUCGCUCACGGAUGCUGGAGCUCUCAGUCCCGGAGCUGGAGCCUCUCCAAGUUGCUGGGCCACCACCUCCGGCAGAGACUCCCGAGGAUGAGGAAGAGUACACAGCUCCUUCCACCCAAGGCUCUUCUAAUACUUUACAGACCAGUGUGUGCCAUCCUGAGUGCGGAGACAAAGGCUGCGACGGCCCCAACGCAGACCAGUGCUUGAACUGUGUCCACUUCAGCCUGGGCAACGCCAAGACAAGCAGGAAGUGUGUGAGCGAGUGCCCCUUGGGCUACUUCGGGGACACGGCAGCAAGACGCUGCCGUAGAUGCCAUAAGGGAUGCGAGACCUGCACGGGCAGGAGCCCGACACAGUGCCUGUCUUGUCGCCGUGGGUUUUACCACCACCAGGAGACGAACACCUGUGUGACCCUCUGCCCUGCCGGGCUUUAUGCUGAUGAAAGCCAGAGACACUGCCUCAAGUGCCACCCAAGCUGUCAGACGUGCGUGGAUGAGCCCGAGAAGUGCACUAUGUGUAAGGAAGGAUUCAGCCUCGCACGGGGCAGCUGCAUUCCAGACUGUGAACCGGGCACCUACUUCGAUUCUGAGCUGAUCAGAUGUGGGGAGUGCCAUCACACCUGCCGAACCUGCGUGGGGCCCAGCAGAGAAGAAUGUAUCCACUGUGCAAAAAGCUUCCACUUCCAAGACUGGAAAUGUGUGCCAGCAUGUGGUGAGGGCUUCUACCCAGAGGAGAUGCCUGGCUUACCCCACAAAGUGUGUCGAAGAUGUGACGAAAACUGCUUGAGCUGUGAGGGCUCCAGCAGGAACUGCAGCAGAUGUAAGGCUGGCUUCGCGCAGCUGGGGACCUCCUGCAUCACCAACCACACGUGCAGCAACGCUGAUGAGACCUUCUGUGAGAUGGUGAAGUCCAACCGGCUCUGUGAACGGAAGCUCUUCAUCCAGUUCUGCUGCCGCACCUGCCUCCUGGCUGGGUAGGGGCACCAGCCGCCCGCAGAGGGCAGGGUCCUCCCGUCUGCCCAUUUGCCCGACCACCUUCCUCCAGACGGUCAGCCAUAGCCUGUUCCUGGGGUGGCCCUGCAUCUGACAGCUGGAUCUCCUGCUGUGGCAUCUCUCAGCACCUGAACCAGGUGGAGGUGGCCCUUGAGGACAUGUGGCUAAAAUCGCAACACCGCCCCCCAAACUCUGCUUGCUGGCUGCAGGCUAAAGUCGAACUCCAAAUGGGAACAAAAUGAAUCAUGAGACUUACAGCUGCAGCUUCAGAGUGGCUUCUGGGACCCUAGUUUACUGAGAUUUCAAGACCAAAGCAGAAAAAGAGAGAUGCCUGGCACCACACCGAGUCCCCCCUCCCACACGUUUGUGUGACCGUGGCAAAUCUCACCGAGCUGGCUGGCAGGUCCCUCAGCUGUCCUGACCUAUGAUAAAGGGCCUAGCCUCCUCCUACCCACGUGUCACUGGCCACCAAACAGCCCAAGGGACAGUUUGGUCAGACUGUAAAUAAAAGAGGAUUCAGGGCGUAAGAUGUAUGACCACUGGGGACAGAAUCUAUGUCAAUGUAGCCAGCUCCUUCCAAAACUGCAGCCACCGCCUCAGAGGUCCAGCACCAAACCAGAACAGAUCAUUCCCUCUUCAGCGUUCUCCUGAGGGAGCCGAGCUAGCCUCAGGACUGUUCUUCCUGUGUCCCUGGGGCCUCCGGGGCCUCCUGGGGCCUCCGGGGCCUGAGCCACCAGCCAUCUCCAGAUGCAGAGCCUGUGGAGGAGGAUCCAUCCGAGGGAGGUAAUUAGGGCUAGCCAAAAGACACCUGAUGGCCAAGCAGUUCCUCCCCAGACAUGCAAAGCCAGCCCCUGAAUCACUAAUCAGCCCUCCCCAUCACACAACUGCUUUUCAAGUGCAUUCGGCCUCUGCUCUCAGGACUCUGUUCUCGGGUGGAUGCUGCUCUGGUCCAGUAGAGUACGAGCCUACAUGAUAUAGCUGGAUUGAUUUCUGCCAAGCCUAUGUAGGCAUUUUAUAAGCUACGUGUUCUAAUUUUUACCGAUGUUAAUUAUUUUGACAAAUAUUUCAUAUAUUUUCAUUGAAAUGCGCAGAUCUGCUUGAUCAGUUCCCUUUAAUAUGGGAAUAACAUUUGCCUUAAAUUUUUCCAACCUUGUCUCUCUCCAUAUUGUUCCGCUCCCCUCUCUUGACUAAAAAAUGUGUUUUGCCACCUGUGGGUGGCAAGGACCCAGCUGUUGUCUGUUGAAUCCACAACUUCGAAUAAGAAAUCAGUGAAGCAAAUCUAAUGUUAACCCUGAGUUAAUAAAAGAGUUAACAUCCCAUUGCAAA